GAUAUCCGCUGAAAUACCCAAACCUCCUGGGUCACUGCACCGAAGAAGAGCAGCAGGUGUAAACUCAAUGGUGUACGGAUGGAAUAUCUCACUCAGCUAUGACGGGAAAACGUACAGCAGUCACGUGACCAUGUUAAUAUUUGAUGGACAGGUUAACAAAUGUGACGCUCAAACGCUUGUUUGCAGUUCUUUUAAUCAAAUGACUACGGAUUCCUCGACUGACACCAACGCCAAUAAACUUUUGCUGAUGGUUGGUGCCACAACGGGAUUGCUUGUGGUUGUCAUUAUAACGACAAUUAUAGUUGUUUUGAAAAAAUCGAAUCGGUAUAGAAAAUCGGUCGUUUCUACAAUCAACGUGUCGAGGGAUCCUAACCUUCCCAUUCCGAAAGAUGAAACCAUGUUUUCAGAAAAGAUUCAAAAUGAUUUAUAUCAUACAAAAGUUGUUUCAGAGUUAAGUGAGAAGUCUGAAGUGAGUGGUUUACCAAAUGUUCAUGUCUUUUUGACUCCCAGUUCUUCUAGAUCUCCCAAAGUCACCAUUCCACCUCUUGGCCACUGCAUGAAUCUCAAUGAACAUAAUUCUUUAACUAUUGAGUCCUUUGACUGACAAUCCUCGAUUGCUGUAGACAUUUUUUGGACAUUUUCCUAUGAACCCAUUACAAUACAACCUUUAACUUCAUGGUUCUAUUGAAAAGGAUAUUUCAUCGAAUCGAUCCCAACUUUUUCACAACAGGUUCUUAUACAUCAUGCACUCAUAAAAAACAUCUUAAGCUGGGGACGUCUCAUCCGUGUUGAAGCAGGUUAUCUGACGCCAGACAAGGAUUUGAGCAGACACCUGUUAUCGGGUUAUUAGUAAACUCAAUCCCUAAUGUGUCAGAAGAUUUUUUUCUGUAAUCAAAACUUUUGACUGAUGUUUCCUUCAUGUUGAGCUGAUUGUAAAAUUUUAGGAUUUUUUUAAUAUUUCACCACGAUGGUCAGGUUUUUGCAGGUCCA